UCAUAUGACAAGAGGAGGGGUGUGCUCACUGCUCACUUCAAAACACACACACAAAGCUGAAUGAACUCUCUAAAAGUCUGCUGCUGAGUUGUACCUGUUCAUCUCCAAACUAUGACUUCAUUACAAUUUUAAGAACAUCAAAAGAGUCUUUACCGAAGCAAUGAUCGCAUCUCGUGAUGAAUCACAUGUAGUCGAGAAAAAUAAACAACAUCUGGAUUGUAAUGGACCGGUUGGGAGAGUUAAGGGAAUGGACAUCUGUCGGUCAGUCGCACCUGUGAUCUCACCUGAGUCCACGUGCCCGCGCAUCUCUCUGCCUGGUGUGAUGGACUCCGAAGGGCGCGUGGACGAGUCCAGACUCAGGACGUAUAUUUUUAAAAACGGUGGCAUUUCACCAGAGGAACGGGGUCAGGUAUGGCGCUUUCUGUUUGGCAUGUACCCCUGCAGCUCUACGGCUCUGGAGCGCCCCCUGAUGCUGGAGCAGAUGGCAGUGCGCUAUCGGCACAUGAAGAGGAAGUGGCAACAGCUGCUUCCUGGAGCCGUUCGACUACGACUUAAUGGCACUGAUGCUGAGCUGUUGGCUGCCGUGAAAUAUUUUGAUCAGAGGCAAGACAGAGAGCACAACAGACAGCAGGUUCAUUUGGACGAAGUCAGUGAGUCUUUUUUGGAGCUGCAGUCUCAGGUGCUUUUUGAACGGGUAACCUUUGACUUGGAAGAGCUUCAGGAGGCUAUACGCAUCAUCGAUAAAGAUGUUCCCAGAACAGACAGAGAUUUACCAUACUACCGGAAUGAAGGCUUGGGCAACCUGCUUGUGUUAAGAGACAUCUUAAUCACAUAUGCUGCUUUCCACCCAGAAGUGAGUUACGCUCAAGGAAUGAAUGAUCUGUGCAGCCGCUUUCUGGAGGUUCUGGACUCCGAGGUGGACACUUACUGGAGCUUUUCCUGUUACAUGGAGAAGUUUUCUAAAGACUUUCGUGCCGAUGGACUUUAUCGGAAAAUGGAGCUGGAAGCUGCUUUGCUAAAGGAACUGGACCCUCAGCUGCAUGCUCAUCUGGUAACAGAUAACUUUGAUAGACUCACGUUUUGUCACAGGUGGCUUCUGUUGGGUUUCCAGCGCGAGUUCGAACACAGUGAUGCUCUGCGUCUGUUUGAAAUUUUUAGCUGUGAUCAUCUAGAGCUCAUCUCACAGCAGGUGGAUCGCGCUCGAUAUCAGGAGAGACUGGCACGAAAACAAAGUCUAGAAGAUGAAUCUGUGACGGAGCUACAUGCCGUAAAUACAAAUUUCACAUUUGAACUCUUCAUGUGCGCUACCAUACUGCUGGACAACAGGGAUACUCUUCUCAGCUGCAAAAAUGAAGCUCAACUCAUCCAAUUUACAAGCAGUCUGCAGGGCAAGCUGGACCUGAACAGCACACUAAAGAGAGCAGAGGAACAUUUUUACGACUACUGUAAGCGCUCGGCCUGGGAUUAUUUGAGCGGCCGCUGUCGCGUGCGCAAGAACAAGGAGGAUUUCUUUUAUCACCUGAGACACCUUUUCUCCUGAGACCAAAACGGCCUAAAUGGGAUUUUCCUGGAAAAUGUGACGGAUACUUUCCUGUGGAAUUUUAACCUGAAGAAUGAUGCUGCUUUUAAAUCAGUGUUUGUUGCAUGAACAAGAUGAAAAGAGUUCCAAACACUUGUUCUGCUGUCUUAAUGUGUCAGGAUUAUUUUGACAUACAGUAGCCUACUCUGAGAUGAACCUUCAUCACUUAUGCAAACAUUUACUGUAAUUUGGUGUCAUUUUAAUUAGCUUUUACCUUGACAGUGCCUAAAAUGCAGGUACAGUAGAGUAAUUUUUUUUCUAAGACUACAGAUAUCGCUGAUACAGUAAGAGCUUGAAUUGGCAGAAACCUUCACUCAUUUGGCAGACUGAACCUGUUAUACCAUCUACGAAACAUCUGGUGCACACAUAAGUCACAUAAGAGCACAAUAUAAUAAUAGAAACGCGUGCAGAUCAGAAACCCGGUUCUGAGAAGCUCUAGAAAAUCCCUUGUGGUCUUCUCACACCAAUUUCAAACAGUUCUCAAGUAUCAUCUGAUCAGAAAUAGCUCAGUGAAUGGAGACACCCGGACCCCGUUUACCCCGAGAUCACAGUGCCGUUGUUUUAUUACGCAGAGGGCACGAAACACGUUUACACCUUGUUUGCACACAUAUGAGUAUGGAACACUAAACAUUUGCAUAUUUGAUGUCUUAUGUAUAUUUAAUUAAUAUUAUUAUUUAUUAGUAACUGUCACCAAUUGACACAGUGCACAUUCAGUGAAUUUUGCAUAGGUUUUCUUUGAACCUUACAUGAGUGCCGUAGUUUUAUGCAUAAUUCCUUGAAAUUUGCACAUUACUUUUAUGCUGUUAACUAAUGUAGCACGAUAGAAAAGAUUAUAUAGUAAUGUUAAACUGAAUGAACUGAGAGAGAGAGAGAGGGUGGGGCGGUAAGCAUUUUAUUUUAAGCUUUACUGUGACAUUUAAGCGCUCUCUUUCUAGUGAGUCAUGGACACUACAAUUUUAGUUUGUACUGCUCAGUACAAUGUUAUUCUGUAAUAAAGUGUAAUACUUUUAUAA